AUGGCCCGUCGUCGUAACAACAAAAAGCAUUCGAGCAACAAGAAGAAGGCCGGAAAUCCUGAAAAGGACAACGGUAAAGGUCAAGCGGAGGCAUCUUCUGUGCAGCCCUCUUCAUAUGAGGCUCUUCAAUACCCCAAAAUGCUUGAGGGUGCAGCUGAGGGCAGACAGGGCCAAGCAACACCAUCGUCUGCAUCGUUUGAGGAUGCUGCAAAGCCUGAAGAGCUCAAGAAAGACGAUUGCAAAGGCAAGGGAAAAGAAAGCUCACCAUAUCAUGACGCUACCAGUCUCCGUGGGGACAUCGGAAUCAUUUCACCUCGAAUGGAAGAGGAGAGGAGAGCUCAUUCACUAGUUGGUGAAGGGAUUCGUGAUAACACUGGGCCAACUGAAGUGCAGACCACUCGCACUGAGGCUAUCACUCUCAUCCGGGCUCGCACUCUCAGUCGUCUCUCUGACACCGACCAGCCCUCAGGUGAAUUCCUUGAGGCCUUGCUGCAAGAGAAACCUGCAUCUUCUGAAGCCUUUCCUCGGCCUGACGGAUCUCCUGGCAACAUGGUAUAUGAGACGGCAAAUAUCAUGGACUAUGUGGUGAACAAUAAGGGUAAGAAGAAGAAGAAGAAGAAGAAGGGAAAGAACGCGGCUGCAGAGGAAGAAUUGCUUGCCGAGCUUUCGAAGGUUGAGGAUAGCAACACCUCACCUCCAGUUUCGCUGCAGGAGCAAGAUGGCCCUGUGAAGCAAAGUGCUGGUGAUGAAGCAGCUCCCGUUUCUGAGGAACAGAUGACCGAUGAGCAGUGCUCCAAUAACAAAGUGGAUAAAGGCAAGCAGCGUGUUGCGGUGGCAGACGCAGAUGUACUUUUGGACAGCAAGGAUGUGAACAAAGAUGUCACACUGCCUGAAGCUGAUCAUUCCACUGAAGAAGUCACCGAAGUCCUCAAAGCCCUUAAGGUCGCUGAGGCAAAAGAUCCCAAAUCAUCCCAGCCGUCCUUCAAACAGGCGUCCUGCAGACGUUCGAAUUCCAUGAAGGAGACCCUCUCGCCUAUAAAAGAAGGCGAGGUCCAAGAAGCCAGUGCAUACGAACCACCCGCCCUUGGUUCAUUGACUCCCAAGUCCACCGGCACUACAUCCGCCUCUACCGGAUGGACACCUACUUCAAACCAAGCUACCUUGACUACUGCAGCCUCCGCACCUUCAACUGAACACCGCGGUAAGUCUGCAAAGAAGACUUCUGGUAAAGCCACAAGUACCUCGGACACCCAAUCGAUCAGCAACCACGCCCACCCUUCUCCGGUCACCAACCGCGAUAUUCAACAACCAUCUACACAGGGAGGCCGUUCCAUAACAAGCAAGAAACCAGACAACUUCUUCUGGCAGCUUGACAGUCACGGUUUUCCCUGCUCCAAGCAAUUCUGCGAAAAGCGCUGCAAUCUCUGGGACGGUGCAACCGUCAUCUGCCCUCGCUGCGGCCCUUACUCUGAAGUUAGAUACUGUAGCCGCAAGCAUCUCCUUGAAGAUGUCAAAACCCACUGGCUCAUUUGCGGCGAGAUGUCCUUCCGUCACCCUUGCGUUGACUCUUCUAUUCCGUCGUCUGUGAGGGAUAGCCCACCUCUCAUCCCCAGCCAGCUUCCACACAACAGCCUCGAGCGCCACCGUCAGGCGGUGCACUUCAACAUGAACACACGUGCCGGUGACUAUUUCAUAUUUUCUGACUGGGUCGACAUGAUCGCUGCGAAGUCCACCCCGGAAAAUAUCACACUGCGCUGCUCCAGUCGUAUCAUUCACACUGUGAAAUUCACUGAUCCUGAGGAGAAAGAUCGCUUCCGCCGUGUUCUGGCUGCUUCUCUAUUUGUAACCUUCGAAUCUUGCCCUCUGGUGGACUACCUCUUUCGCAUGAUCAGAGACAAGCUCCCACCAACCUCCGACUCAGCUAGCGGCGCUGAGGCAGUGACCUCUCUCGAAUCCUCGCUGAAGUACCAGGUGUUUCGCGAGUUCACCGUGCGCAUCCAGCCGCAUAUCACUGGAAAGCGCCACGCCUGCCCCUCCGACUGGACCGGGCGUAACCGCCGCAACUGUCCCGACGAGGUGUGCCGGGCAGAGCGCAAGCGUCUGCUCGGAACCUUGGGCGGCAGCGGGCACGAAGCCCUCAUCCAACACCUUGAGGCAUCCUUCUGGAUCCUCAGGGUGUCCCGGACUACUCACCCCACGGUGAGUAGUGCCAAAGAAAGGAUGAUGGGCAACGGCUUCGAGGACGUUGCGGAGGAGGACUGCAGACAUUUCUGCAGGGGGGACGGCUGGGACGGGGCCGGCAGCGGGGAGAUGGAGAUUGAGGAGGCCAACAAUUAA